AUGGCAGAAACUCAUCUUCAUGGGACUCUUCACGCCACCAUUCAUGAAGUGGAUAAGUUAAGUGCCAGUGAAGAUACCAGUAUUUUCAGCAUGCUUAAGCAAAAAAUUGAAGAUACAGUCGGUGUUGGAAAGGGAUCAUCUCAAGUGUACGCCACCAUUGAUCUGGAGAAAGCAAGAGUGGGAAGAACUAGAGUGUUGGAGAACGCAGAUUCCAGUCUCAGGUGGGAAGAAUCGUUCCACAUCUAUUGUGCCCACGUGGCAUCCAAUGUCAUUUUCACCGUCAAAGGCGUCAACAAGAUCGGCGCUACCUUAAUAGGCCGAGCCUACGUCCCCGUCCACAACAUCCUUGCCGGCGACAUCCAUGAUGAUUGGCUCGAUAUCUUAAACGAGGACAAAGAACCAAUCGGCUCCAAAAUCCACGUCAAGCUCCAAUACUUCGACGUCACAAAAGACAAAAACUGGAAUCGUGGUAUUCGGAGCCCUAAAUACCCGGGUGUACCCUACACUUUCUUCACGCAGAGACAAGGUUGUAAGGUUACCUUGUACCAAGACGCUCAUGUCCCUGAAGAUUUCAUCCCCAGAAUCCCCCUCUCAGGAGGCAAGUAUUACGAACCUCAUAGAUGUUGGGAGGAUGUUUUCGAAGCAAUUCGUAAUGCCAAGCAUCUGAUAUACAUCACCGGUUGGUCUGUUUACACUGAGAUUAAGCUUGUGAGGGAUGCUAAGAGGCCAAAAGAUGGAGGUCAUGUGACACUAGGACAGCUUCUGAAGGAUAAAGCAAGUGAAGGUGUUAGGGUUGUAAUGCUUGUUUGGGACGAUAGAACUUCGGUUAGUCUGUUGAAAAAAGAUGGUUUAAUGGCAACACAUGAUGAAGAGACUGAGAUAUUCUUUCAAGACACUCAAGUGCACUGUGUUUUAUGCCCUCGUGAUCCCGACGACGGCGCCGGAAGUAUAAUUCAGGACGUCCAGAUUUCUACUAUGUUCACUCAUCAUCAGAAGAUCGUCGUGGUCGACAAUGAGCUUCCGGGACGAGGAUCAUCAAGCAAGAGAAGAAUAGUGAGUUUCGUCGGAGGGCUUGAUUUAUGCGAUGGAAGAUACGACACUGCAUUUCAUUCGCUUUUCAGAACGUUGGACACUGCUCAUCAUGAUGACUUUCAUCAACCUAACUUCCCCGGCGCCGACAUCAGCAAAGGUGGACCCAGGGAGCCAUGGCACGACAUACAUUCUCGUCUAGAAGGACCGAUUGCUUGGGAUGUAUUAUUUAACUUUGAACAGAGAUGGAAGAAGCAAGGUAGGAAGGAUGUGCUUGUGUCUCACGAAGUGCUCGAGGAGAUAGUUAUUCCGCCGUCUCCGGUGAUGUUCCCGGAGGACCACGAGACAUGGAAUGUUCAGUUGUUCCGAUCUAUCGACGGUGGCGCCGCCUUCGGUUUCCCAGAGAGCCCUGAAGAAGCCGCCGACGCAGGGCUCGUGAGCGGGAAAAACAACAUCGUAGAUAGGAGUAUUCAAGACGCAUAUAUUCACGCAAUAAGACGAGCAAAAAAGUUCAUAUACAUAGAGAACCAGUACUUUCUGGGAAGCUCUUAUGCAUGGAGCGCUGAAGAUGGCGACAUAAAACCAGAAGAAAUUAACGCACUGCACGUGAUACCCAAAGAACUAUCACUGAAAAUUGUGAGCAAGAUCGAAGCAGGAGAGAGGUUCACGGUGUACGCAGUGGUGCCAAUGUGGCCGGAGGGCAUACCGGACAGCGGGUCGGUGCAGGCAAUACUGGAUUGGCAGAGAAGAACGAUGGACACAAUGUAUAAAGACAUUGUUGAAGCAUUGGAGGCAAAUGGUAUAAGAGAAGAUCCUCGCAAGUACUUAACAUUCUUCUGUCUGGGAAACAGAGAAGUGAAACAUGAUGGCGAGUAUGAACCUCCGGAACAACCAGAACCUGAUUCACCAUACGCGAAAGCCCAACAAUCUCGUCGCUUCAUGAUUUACGUCCACACCAAGAUGAUGAUAGUGGAUGAUGAGUACAUAAUCGUGGGAUCUGCGAACAUAAACCAGAGAUCGAUGGACGGAGCGAGGGACACAGAGAUAGCGAUGGGAGGGUAUCAGCCGUAUCAUUUGACGACGAGCAGAGGGCCGGCGAAAGGACAGAUCCAUGGAUUCCGAAUGGCGUUGUGGUACGAGCAUCUUGGGGCGAUGGAGGACUGCUUCGAGAACCCAGAAAGUGAAGAGUGUGUGGAGAAGGUGAACCAGAUGGCUGACAAGUACUGGGAAUUGUAUUCAGAUGAGUCGGCGGUUGAAGAAGACCUUGCAGGUCACUUGCUGCGUUAUCCUGUUAAGAUUUCAAGAGAAGGACGAGUCCAGCAACUUGAAGGCUUUGAAUUCUUCCCUGAUACGCAGGCUCGCAUUCUUGGCACCAAAUCUGACUACAUGCCUCCAAUCCUUACCACUUAAUUUACUUUCCAUUUUCUUUUUGUUCUUGUGACUGUCUUCUUUUAUGAUUACUAUAGUACUAUAUAUUUUUGGUCUUUCAUUUGAGUUAUGUUCAAUAAUCAAUGACGUAAAUGCGGCGGCAUGUAGU